CAUCACAGCCUGUCAUAACCUGAAUUAUUGUUACAUUUUUAAAUCUGAGCUUGUUUUGUUUCAUAGUAAAGGGUUGAAUGAAUGUUUAUUCUUGAUUGGUUAUUACAUGUGCUUAUAGAGAGAUAUAGAUAGAUAGAUAGAUAGAAAGAUAGAUAGACAGACAGAUAGAUAGAAAGAGAGAUUUCUUAGCUUGUUGUCUAUGAGCUAUAAUACCUUUUGAUCUCUCCUUUGUCUCAAACAAGAUUCAAGGAUAGUAAUUAUGACAGAAUAUACUGCUUCAACUUCUCUUAAGGCUGAUUCAUGGCUUAAAAUGAUGGCAUGAAGGAGGAAGAUGUUCAAUGACCUUCUUCAUCAGAGAAAGCUGCAAUUUUGCUACUUCUUAUUACAGGCAUGGGAACCAAAGUUGAAUAUUCAGUAAAUCUUCUUGCAACAUCAUUAGACAGCAACAAGUUGAGAGUGGGUGGAGUGGAUGUCUGGGAGCAUUAUCAGAACAAAGUGCUGACCAAUUAUAACCUUCUCAUCAAGACUAGAAUCAGUUCCAAAGUGCAAGAUCCAAUAAUGGAUAGGAUGCUUGAAAGAAACAACAUUGAAUACAUCAAAAGGACAAUGCAGAUGCAUGAGGCCAUCUUCAAACAGCAGGUAAGAGAACUGCACAGGCUGUACAGUGUGCAAAAGAUGCUGAUGGAUGAGCUCAGAAAGGAAAUAAGACAACAGAAACUUCUGACUCCAUUAUUAAAUGGCAUAGAUGAAAGGCAUCCUCAUUUUAUUGAACAGCAACAACAUCUAGUGGCACAAGCCUCAUAUGGACUAGAUUUCCAUGUUCAUCAAAAUUUGAUGAGAGAGGAAGCUGCAGGCUCAAGUAGAGGUUUUGAUCUUGAAAGGCCUGCUUGUGAGGAAGAAGUAUUUAUGGGAGGUGAGGCAGGUCCUAGCAACCAUGGUGGUUGUGAUAAUGAAGAAAUGGAAGUGGAUUUGACACUAAGUAUAGGAGGUAGUAGUAGUAGUAGUAGCCAUGUUAAGAAACAUGAUCAUGUGGCUCAUUUAGCAUGCUCACAAGACUCAUCACCAAAUGGGAAAAGUAGAAUAGUAGGAGAAUGCAAUGACCCCACCACUCCUCUGAGCAGUACCACUGUGACAUUUACACAAACACAAGGAAGGAAUAAGGGACCACAUUGGCUUUCUCAAGGCUUAAAUUAAAGAUUCAAUAC